AUGGCGGAAAUCAACGAGAGAGCGUCGACUUCGUCGCCGCCGGUGCCGUCGACGCCAGCGCCAGUGCCACACAUCCGACAGUUGGCGGACAAUAUGACCGACAAAGUCGGACAGUUCUUCCAGCAUCAAAUCGAGGGUACGUACCUUUUUACGAACUUUGUGAUGGGUUUUUGACCUCUGAAAUGCCUUUCUCUCGUUGUUCCUUCAAAACUCCCAAGAGACGUUCAAAAACGGUUCUGACACGCAAUUCUAUUUGCUGCCAGAACAGAGAAUUUUUUUCCGAAUUAAUAGAAAAUAGUAUUGUUUAGGAUCGAUCGAAGAGUACAAACUUCUGGAGAACAUGAACACGGCGACGGCGCAGAGAUACGUGGAUAUGAAGGUGGUGGCGGAGAAGUUGGCCGGAAAGCUGGACAAUUUGAAUCAGAAAUGUACGUUUUUUGUAGCGUUUUUUUGAACAUCGAUCUUAAAAGAUUUUUCUAGACAAAAAGCUCACUUUGAGCAGGUAAAAUGACAGAAUUUGUUGUGGAAAUUCAAAAAAUGUUGCAGACGAGACCCUCCGUCCGUACUUGACCCAAAUCGACGCGAUGGACGAGAGCACCCGGCGAUUGGAGGAGGCCACUGCUGUUUUGGAGAAUUAUGUCGCCCAACUUGGUCGGUUUUUGUGGAAAGAGGAUUCUUUCAAAUCGUUUUUUUUUUGUUGCAGAAUCCAAAUUGACCAACAUCCAGCAAAGCCCAUAG